AUGUAUGAGCGACAACAGCAGACUGCUCUAGAAAAAGUGAGGCAGAUGUUUCAACAGAGUAAAUAUCCUUUGCAAAGACAGUAUAAUUCAGCAAGGGCUAGGUAUGAUAGUGUCACCUACAAUGAGCAGGAGUACGAUGCGCCAGCAAGGAAGACUUCUGGGGUGGACAAGGCGUUUCCUCUUAAGCCAGUUUAUCAUACGAGAGCUUACAGCCUGAGUAACAUCUACAGUUCUAAUAAGGAGAUGGAGACUAUGGAACCUUUUGAGGCUCAGAGACCUACGCACAAGUUUCCAACCCCAUCCCUGGAUUACCCAGACAGAUAUGAUGGAAGGGUGGGCAGGAGGUGCCCUGGGAGGCAGCUGCCGGAAGAACAGGCACCAGUGCCCAGCUCCUAUGGGGAGGCAUCCACCAAAGCCAGGGGGUCCCAGUGGGUUGAAGGGAGGCUGGAGGAGGACCAACUGAGGCUGGCAGAGAAGAUCCGCAGGAAGGAGAUCGUGCUGCAGGAGAAACUGCGGAGGGUUGUGGAGGAGCUGGGGAGGAUCCAGAGGGAGAAAUAUACCUCCAUGGGGCCGAUGGAGAGGAUGGAGAGAAGGGAGCCGGAGAGGAACGGCUGCAGCAAAGGAAGAGGCCUGCCUCGGGAGGUCUCCCCCAGGAGUCCUGUGCACAUGGCUGACGAGACCUCCAGAAGGCUGCAGGCGGAGAUGAGUCCAGAGAGGAGCUCGGAGGAGCCCUUCCAUCUCUUGCCCUGCAGGCUGUGCCACAGGAACUUUGCUGCCGACAGACUGGAGAAGCACCGCAAAGUCUGUGAGAAAGUUCAGCGCUCCACGCGCAAGGUGUUUGACUCCUCUAAAUACCGGGCCAAAGGAACCGACCUUGAGGAGUAUUUGAAGACAAACUCGAGAAGAAAGACUCCUGAGCUGAAGAAGACCAACUGGCGGCAGAAGCACGAGGCGUUUAUCCGGAGUCUGCGGCAGGCCCGCAUGCCAGCCAAGGUGGCCUUGCAGCCUCAGCCAUGCAUGGACGACGACGACGACUACCAGACCUGCCCCCACUGCGCGCGCCGAUUCGCCCCGGGGCCCGCCGAGAGGCACAUCCCCAAGUGUCAGAACAUCAGGAGCCGCCCGCCGCCACCUCGACGACGCUUCAAGUGA